AUGGCUCGUAUGGAUCUAAACAAAUUAAAAGAAAAGUACAAUUUACGUGAACCCGAACGUGGCGAUCUUGAUGACACAGCGAUUGAGUGGAGAUCUGGAAAACCUGAUUAUGCUAAGACCAAUCUCGCGUUUCUCAAGGGUAAAACACAAAAUCAUAAAGGAG